AUGCAGCGCCACCGUGUCUCCGCCGUGUUAUUUGCAAGCUUCUGCCUUGAAAUUGUGCUAGUAUGCGCUCAAGGACAACCUGAACAGCUUGUCCUGGACCCACAUUGGUACCCGGGAACCGCCACCUGGUACGGCGACCCCGAAGGAGACGGUAGCACCGGAGGGGCAUGUGGAUAUGGUACGUUGGUGGACGUUAAGCCGUUGAGGGCACGGGUAGGAGCGGUGGGGCCAGUGUUGUAUAUGAAGGGGGAAGGGUGCGGGGCUUGCUAUAAGGUCAAGUGUUUAGACCAAAGCAUAUGUUCGAAGCGAGCGGUGACGGUUAUAAUAACGGAUGAGUGCCCCGGCUGCCCCUCUGACCGAACACACUUCGACCUUAGCGGUGCUGCCUUUGGUCGCAUGGCUGUUGCUGGCGAAAACGGUCAGCUCAGGAACCGAGGUGAAAUCCCCGUCAUUUACCGAAGAACACCAUGCUUGUAUGGUGGCAAAAAUAUUGCCUUCCGUGUUAACGAAGGUUCCACACCCUUUUGGCUUUCACUUCUGGCGGAGUUUGAGGAUGGAGAUGGGGACAUAGGCUCCAUGCAUGUACAAGAAGCAGGGUCUAGUGAGUGGCUGCAGAUGAAUCAUCUAUGGGGAGCAAAUUGGUGCAUUAUUGGAGGGCCUUUAAGAGGACCUUUCUCUGUUAAACUAAGCACAUCCACAGGGAGAAGCCUCACAGCCAGAGAUGUUAUUCCAAGUAAUUGGACUCCAAAAGCCACUUAUACCUCUCGCUUAAAUUUCCUUCCUUAACAUAGACUUUGCAACUGGAGAAGCAUCCCCAAGCCCCUUCUUCGCAAAGGGAGUAAUUAAUAAAUAAAUCACCUUUUACCCAGUUAAGGAU